GUGAGGUUUCCGGUUUCCGGAAUUCUUUUUUAUUUUCCAGAUGUUUUUAAUGUUUUAGAGGGAACCACAAGCCGCCAGAUGGCGCUGCGCGUGCUCGCGGGCUUGUUGAAACAAACUUGUUAAAAGUUGGUGUCUGAGCACGCGGCCGCGCGCGUGAGGGCGGGAAACAUCUGCUCGCGCGCCGCAGCUGCUGCACUCUGUGAGCAUCUGCCGCCGCAGCUGGAGGCGCGCGGGGAUGGACGAGCGCGGGACCCCCUCGGAGGAACCGGUUCGGUUCGUGACGAAGAGGAGCGGCCGCGCAGAACCGCUGUCAGAGGAGGUGUUCUCCAGGCAGCCCGGCAGGAUCCGUCGCCAGGCUCGGCGCCUCUCAGGGGUCUUCCUCCGUCGACCCGGCCCCAUGGCGCUGACGGCAGCUCUCCGCUCGUCCCGGUCCGUCCAGGCCAGGAAGGGCAGCAUGUUCCCAGCUGAUGUUCUGCCAGAGGACGACCCGGCGGAGCUGUCCAACCAGAUCACGGCUCCUGGGAUCCUGAAGAUCUUUGGGAACGAGAUCUGUGAAGGAGCCCACUACAAGAGCGUGCUGGCCACCACCCACUCCAGCGCCAGGGAGCUGGUGAAGGAGGCCCUGGACCGGUACGGCCUGAGCAAGCAGGAGGCGGACGCCUACGUCCUGUGCGACACCAUCGGCUCCAUCCACAGCCGGCAGUGGCGGACGGAGGCGUUCCGCGUCGUCGGCGACCACGAGAAGCCGCUGGUGCUGCAGUCGCUAUGGAAACCGCGUGAGGGUUUGGCCAGGCGCUUCGAGAUCCAGAAGAGGAGCUCGGUGGAGGAGCGGACGUCCAGGGAGACGGACACGGUGACCGCCGGUCUAAACGCUCAGGCCCGUAAGCUGCAGAAGAGCCGCUCCAGGGUCUCCUCCACCCUCCUGGAGAGGGGGGCGGGCUCCAAACUGUGGAGGAGCAAGAGCGAGAUGGACCUUCUGGACACCGACUCCAAACCGGACCCGGGCUUCAUCAAACAGAACCUGGAACCGAGCCCACAGCAGAACCCUGCAGCCCCCCAAGAGGCGCCCGGGUCAGCAGGUGAGGGGGAGGAGUCUGAGAGGGAGGAGACGGAGAGCAGCGGCGACAACACCUCGCAGUACUCCCUCCACCCCCCCCACGACUGCCCCUACCUGCUGCUGCUGCAGGGCCGCUGCUCUGCUCAGGACUUCCUCGUCUACCUGCUCGCCGCCCCUCUCGUGGGCGUCGGCCGGGACGCCACCGCAGACAGGUCAAAGGAUGACAUCAGCCUUCACGCCGCCGACAUCCUUCCACAGCACUGUCACUUCCUCCACCGCAGACCCGGAGAGCCCGUCGUGCUCCGCCCCUCCGCAGACGCCCUGGUGACGAGGAACGGUGAAGUCCUGAGGGGCGGCGUGGCGCUGAGCCCCGGUGAUGUCAUCGGGCUGGGCCGCCACUACCUGUUCCUGUUCAAAGACCCGUCAGCGCUGCAGCAGGACGCCGAAGCUCCAGACCUCCGCUGGUCGUCCUGGGGGUCCAGCUCGUCUGCGGCGAUGCGCAGCUCCCAGACGUUCGUCAGCAGCAGCUGCAUCUCCGACCUGCAGCCUCCUGCAGGAGCGGCCGAGGCGUUCGGCCUGACUCUGAGCUACGAGGAUGAGGACGAGGAGCGGCUGGUGAGGGAGAUCGUGGCGAUGCCAGGAGGGGGCGGAGCUCCGCUGGGCGCCUCCUUCCUUCUGAGUCUGUGUCUGCGUCGCUCUGCGUGGCGCCGUCGGGCCUCCGACCUCCGCAGGCUGCUGCUGCUGACAGCGAGCAACUGUCAGAGCGCCGUGUGGGAACACACCAAGAACGCGGCUGCAGCUCGGCCUGACGUUCGUGGAGACGAAGUUUUCACCCCGGAAGAGCUCCAUUCUCUCCGUCUGAACGAGGUCGUCUCAGGACUGCGCCCCCUGGUGUUGUGGAUGUCCAACAGCCUGGAGCUCCUGAACUUCAUCCAGCAUCAGCUGCCUCUCCUUCUGGAGUGGAGGAGCCGCACGGCGCCGGGGAGAGAGGAGGACGGCGAGGAGGACAUCAGGGAGGCGGAGGACUUUGAGCUGCUGGAGCUCCGCCUCUCCUGCCUCCGGUCAGUCAGCGAGGAGACCGUCUCGGCUCUGGAGGAGGUCCUCCUGCUCUGCUUCCAGCAGUGUGUCUUCUACAUCACCAAGUUCCUGUACCCCGUCCUGCCGGCUCUUCUGGACUGCAACCCCUUCUCAGGAGGUCCCGGUGGUCUCCAGGUUCCGGCGGCGGUCCAGCAGGUGCUGUUGGUUCUGACCCGAACCUGGAAGCUGCUGUCCGACUGUCGGGUCCAUCCAGAGAUCUCCUCCCAGCUCAUGGGCUACAUGUUCUACUUCAUCAGCGCGUCGCUCUUCAACUCCUUCAUGGAGAGAGGCUCAGAACCGGGCUUCUACCGCUGGUCCAGAGGGGUACGGAUGCGGGCCAACCUGGACCUACUUCUGGACUGGGCCCACGCCGCCGGGGUGGGAGAACCGGCCCUGGAGAACACUCAGGUCCUGUCGUCAGCCAUCAACCUGCUGGCCACGCCCCCAAAGAAGCUCCUGCAGAGCUCGUGGGCGUGGCUUCGCUCAGAGUUUCCCUCCCUCACUGCGGCGCAGCUGAACCACCUGCUGAGCCGGUACAGUCCGGCGCCACCCUGCCGUCAGGCGUGGACGCCAUCGCCGCAGGACCGGCAGGCGGCUCGUCAGACCUCCGACAUCCUGCAGAGCUUCGACUCCCAUCAUCCUUUGCUGCUCCCUGACGAAGGUUACCAGCUCCAGCUGACCGCCGCGGGGACAGAACCGGCUCUGAUGGAGGAACUGGACCGGCUCAGAGAGUUUAUCUCCGGCCUCUCGGCCCCCCAGGGUGAAGACGUUCAGACUCUUCAAACCUGCAGCAGAUCCUCGGAGGAGCGUCUUCCGUCUCAGACCUUCAUCCAGAACUCCUCGCCGUCCAUCAGCGCCUCUCCUUCCUCCCAUCCCUUCAGCAGCAGCGACGGAGAACAUUCUCCCACACAGAAGCUCAAAGAUGUGGAGCAGGAGGCGGGACGGACCAGCGGGGCGACAGACGUGGACCCCCCUGGCCCCCACGAGCAGGACGGCCCCCUCCAUGAAGAUGGGCGGGGCUUCGAAAGCCCGUCUGCUCUGAAAGCAGACGUCUGCAGACUGAAACGACACUUGGAGCUGAAAGAGGAAGAGGAGGAUGAGGAUGAAGAGGUGUUCAGCCUGGAGUUGGAGCGAGCUGAAGAAGGACUCGGUCUAGCUCUGGUGGACUCACGGGACGAACCACUGACGAGGGUGGGGGGCGUCUUCAUCCACGCCGUCCUCCCAGAAUCCCCGGCGGCUCAGUGUGAGCAGCAGGAACCAGGAGACCGGAUCCUGGCGGUGAACGGAGUCAGCUUGAUGGAACUGGACCGCCUGAGCGGCAGGGAGCUGAUCCAGCCGUCCGGCGCCACCCUGAGGUUACUGGUGGGGAGACCGUCCUGCGAGGGUCCAGCGGUGCAGACCGGGUUCUGAACGACGAUCCAUAGACAGAAACGAGGAGCUGGAGGUUCUGGAUUUACUGUGGAAGGUUCUGGGUGUGGUUGGGCCGGGUUUAGACUCAGACAACAGAACCACAAACACGAGAGCAGGAGGCUCCCGGCUGGAACCGCCUUUGAAGACAAACGAGAGGCGUCUGUGGAAGUCCAAACCCGGCUGUAAAGCGGGUUUAUGACGGGACCGGAGCCCAACAUUAAAUCAUCUGAACUUUACUGUUUCACUUUCAUUUGUUCGUUAGAGAAACUCCAGAGUUUGAUGCUCAGAAGUCUGAAAACAUGUAGAAAACAGAACAAACGGAAGUUCUGGUUCCUGAAGUCCAGAAGCUGCUAAAGAAGACGAGUCGUUUGGAAGAAGCUGCAGUGAAUUAUAGCAGCAGGAAUGAAAAGAAAUCACGCCACCAGCUUAUGUGGACCCCAGGAAGAAUAGUCUCACCUUCGGUUGAGCCUAAUGGGGAUCCAUAAAUAAAUAAAUAAAUAAAUAAAUAAGUCUACAACCACACCUGAAGUUUCACUGACCUUUGACCUCAGGAAGAGGUCGCUCUUAUACAUUUAAAAAAAAAAUGUAUUUUUCCCCUCUCAGGCUAAAACUAGACGGUGAGCCUCAAACUCAGUCACAGAGACACAGAAACACAGUGGAAGUGGCUGUCAUAGAAAACACCCCCCAGAGUGAGGUAGAGGUCCCCGGUACCGAGAAUGAUCUCAUGAACCCAGACAUGGAGACGUGUAGCCGAUGCUUCUGCAGAACUCUUCACAAUAAAUAAACCUGAUCUCUCAACAUCA